AUGAUCAAAACGAACAGCGGCAAGCAGGAGGACUUCCAGAUCGUGUCGCUCUUGCUGGAAAUGCAAUUGAAUUUGGAGAGCAGCAGUGAUGCUCGCCCAGGCGAUACAAUCGAGAACCCCAUCAUUCUUAAUGACAGCGGAGCAGAUAACUCCUGUACAUCUGAUCCAACAAGAUCGCUCAGUUCUUCUUCUACUGGCAAUGUUGGGGAUGCUUUGGUCUAUGGUGAUAUCACCAAUAAUGACCAUUCUCUCGAAGAGUACUACGAGUGCAAAAUUUGCUUUUGCAAAAUAGUCGACCUUGUUCUAGGCUGUGGUCACCCAUAUUGCUACAGUUGUUUCAACAGAUUCUUCCAUGAGGUUGCUCUUCGGACUACCGACCAUGAUGAAGAAGCUGCCCUAGCAGACUUCGAAGGCCAUGAGUCGACAGGUGAUGGCCUUGAAUACAAUAGAUCUGAUAAAUCCGAGGAAGAAGAAUGGUGGAGGGAAGAUGAGAGCGAAGAUUCGGAUCGUGAACAGGACAUUGAGGAGCACGAGUAUACUACCCCCGGUGACGCGGAACGAACGGUGAAGAUUUGGCUUUUUUUGUCUAAUGACGGAAUGAGCCAGUCCAGGUGGAUGAAAAACUUUGUGGCCGAAUGCACUUGUGAUGGCGUCGUUGUCGCCACCGCUCUAGCCCGGUAUAUUCAUCGAGAGGGUAUGCGCAAUGAAUUCUGGGAAAAAAUGGAAGAGCCCAGCGAGGAAACGUGCGAUGUGGCCUUCCAUGUCUUUGAUCGAUAUGGAACAGUUUCAAGUGGGGGGAAGGCUAUGCGACGCCCGGAAGUGGCUGGCUGA